UAAAUAUACAGAUCACACAUAGUGUAUUAAUUAGAGUAAGAAGAAGAAGAAACAUCAUAUCCCAAAAUAAUUCAAUGGCUGUGUUCACCAUAACCCAGCUGCUUUGCACUCUCGUCCUAGCUGUUUUCGUGUACUCUCUAGUGGCAAAAGCAAAACGCCGUCGUCACUCACCCGCAUUGCCCCCCGGACCGAAACCGUGGCCGGUCAUAGGCAACCUGCCCCACCUCGGCCCCAAGCCACACCAGUCCAUAGCGGCCCUCGCGCGGACCUACGGCCCCCUGAUGUACCUCCGGCUAGGGUCCGUCGACGUCGUGGUGGCGGCCUCCGCCUCCGUCGCGGCCCAGUUCUUGAAAGCGCACGAUGCGAACUUCUCGAGCCGCCCGCCCAACUCCGGCGCCAAGCACAUAGCUUAUAACUAUCAGGAUCUCGUUUUCGCCCCCUAUGGCCCACGCUGGCGCAUGCUUCGGAAGAUCUGCUCCGUCCAUCUCUUCUCCGCUAAGGCCUUGGAUGACUUUUGCCAUGUCCGGCAGGAGGAAGUGGGCGUCCUGACGGGCGCCCUAGCAAGUGCAGGCAAAUCUCCGGUGAAACUGGACCAGUUACUGAAUGUGUGCACCACCAACGCUCUCAGCCGCGUGAUGAUAGGCCGAAAGGUGUUCGCCGACCACACAACGAACAGAGGUGGCAAAAGCGACCCGAAGGCGGACGAGUUCAAGUCAAUGGUGGUGGAGAUGAUGGUGCUGGCCGGCGUCUUUAACGUGGGUGAUUUCAUCCCGGCCGUGGAGUGGCUAGAUUUGCAGGGGAUCGCGGGGAAGAUGAAGAAGCUACACGCGCGGCUGGACGCGUUCUUGAACGAGAUAGUAGAGGAGCACCGAGUCAACGGUGUGAAAACGUCGCGUGACGUGGACUUUUUGAGCACACUCAUGUCGCUUACGUCAGAUGCGGUGGAUGAUCAGGGGGCGAAGCUCACGAAUACAGAAAUUAAGGCUCUGCUCUUGAAUUUAUUUACAGCUGGCACCGAUACAUCAUCCAGUACUGUGGAAUGGGCCAUUGCGGAACUGCUACGCAACCCAAAAAUCCUAAAGGAAGCUCAAGAAGAACUUGACAGAGUAGUCGGCCCAGACCGAGUUGUGAUGGAAUCAGAUUUGGCCCAAUUACCAUUCCUGCAGGCAAUUGUCAAAGAAACCUUCCGGCUUCACCCAUCCACCCCGCUCUCUCUUCCCAGAAUGGCAGCUCAGAGCUGCGAGAUCAACGGCUACUCCGUUCCCAAAGGCGCGACGCUUCUCGUCAACGUUUGGGCUAUAGCUCGUGACCCGGAUGCGUGGACGGACCCUCUCGAGUUCAUCCCGGCCCGGUUCCUGCCUGGAGGAGAAAAGCCCAAUGCGGAUGUGAGAGGCAAUGAUUUUGAAGUGAUCCCAUUUGGAGCAGGGCGUCGAAUUUGUUCUGGGAUGAGUUUGGGCCUUCGGAUGGUCCAAUUGCUGGUGGCAACUUUGGUCCACGCUUUUGAUUGGGAGUUGGCGAAUGGGCAGUCUGUGGAGAAACUCAAUAUGGAAGAGGCCUAUGGGCUUACUCUUCAACGGGCUGAGCCUUUAAUUGUGCACCCCGUGCCCAGAUUGAAAGCCCAUGUCUAUUACGACUCGAAAAUGUAAUAACUGAACUGUUCCUCUUGCAACGCGAAGCCGGAUGAACUGGACCAGGUUUGGUGUAUGGCUGAUAGCCAAAAAUUAGUUUUUUUUUUUGACCAAUUUGUAACUGGUUGAUAUGAUCCGACUUUUGAAAUAACGUUUGGAACAGCUUAAUAAAAAGUAAAUGACCAACCCAUAAGGGACAAAGUCAGGAUGUGAUC